AUGCUCCUAGGGGCGUCCUGGCUGUGCUCCUCCAAGGCCGCCGCCGCCGCCGCCGCCGAGAAGCGGGCUGCCGAGGAGAGGCGGAGGCGGCGCGCUGCUGGAGGAGGUGGCGGCGGGGGUGGUGGCGGCGGCAGUAACGGCGAGGGGCCACCAGCCGCCGCCGCCGCCGCCGCCUGCGGAGGGGCCAUGGACGAGUCUUCGCUGCUGGACUUGCUGGAGUGCUCCGUGUGCCUGGAGCGCCUGGACACGACGGCCAAGGUGCUCCCGUGCCAGCACACUUUCUGCCGCCGCUGCCUCGAGAGCAUCGUCAGCUCCCGCCACGAGCUGCGCUGCCCCGAGUGCCGCAUCCUGGUGGGCUGCGGGGUCGACGAGCUGCCCGCCAAUAUCCUGCUCGUCCGCUUGCUCGACGGCAUCCGGCAGAGACCCCGCGCCGCCGCCGCCGGCAACGGAGCCCCGGGGAGCCCCACAGCCCCGGGCAACGCGGCUGCUCCCUGUGCGGGCAACCCCGCUGCAGCAGGAGGAAACAACCCUGUUCCCGCCACUAACCCCGCCUGUCACCCCGUGGCGGCGGCGGCUGCCACAGCGGCCUCCCCAGGCUCCCCUAGCAGUGCCGCCGCUGCAGCCGCAGCCUCAGCCGCCGCCAGCCUGAGGGAACUGGCCGCCGCUAGCCGGAGCGCCCUGCUGAAGGUAAGUCUUUCCUUUUCCUCUUCCCGCCUUUUUUGUUCCUCGGUCUCCGCCCCGCGCCAGCCAACAAGCUGCCUGUUCACACGUGGCUUAGUUGUGCUUAUACAGUAUAUACACAGCCAGGGGCGCCAACUUGAAUAUAUAUAUAUAUAUAUAUAUAUAUAUAUAUAUAUGGGGAGGUAAGCCUUGCCCUGCAUAAUUGUUCACAAGACACACAACCACUUGAAUGGCAAUGACUUUCAACUGGGGGGGGCUCAAAUAUUUUAUUGGGGGGGGCACGAAGGGAUCUCGGCCCCUAGGAGUUGGUUGCUAUGGCUUAUAUAUGUACAGCUUCUUGUUUCCACACCUUUCGUCCAGGACGUUGAUGUGUCCUUAAUAGAAACAACAACAUAACAAUGGCACUGCUACCAACUAUACAUGUUGGGCUGCCCCCUUUGGCUUAGCUGGAAAGCAGGUCUAGUAUGUUGGUUAGCUAGUACUCCUAUUGAACUUUGAACAUCUGGGGAUGAAUGACUUCAAGAGGCGCCGGGGGUGCCAACUUGACUAAAAUAUUGGGGGGCAGGGCAGGUAAGCACCGCCCCACAUAAUUGAUCACAUGAUGUGGCACAUGUGCACCCUUGAACUUUGGGGUGGAUGGCCCCCUCAGAUAUUUUACCGGAGGGCUGAAGGGACCUGGGCCCCUAGAAGUUGGCUCCUCUGAGUUUUUGUCAAUAUAGGGGGGCAAGGGCAUCUGUGGCGUCUAGGUUGUAGGGGAAAUACGAUGUCCCGAAAUUCCUUACCACUAGGCAAAAGGGCAGGCGGAUGCACUGGGAGACGUUGGCUCUGGUCACUUUUAAGAGUUGCCGUUGCCACUUGAAGAAGCUCUGUAAACUCUCCUCUUGGUCCUAAUAAAGAUACUGUUUGGCUGCCUUGGUGAAUUUUGUGUGCGGUUGUUUCUUUUUAAGCAGGACCUACAUUUCUUACGAUACAGAGCUGCAGAGCCAAGACAAGCUGCACCUGACAAAAUUCUUUUCUGUGCAAUUAUGAUAUAUAUAGCAGCCUUGCCCUAUCUUAUAUCUGUGCCACUUCAUCCGACUUGCACGUUGCCUAGUUAUGGAUGCUUUGUUCAAAUCGUGCAUUAGUUACCAAUGGCCUUUUUCAAAUAACAGAGGGCAUGCCUGCACGCUGCUCUGCCAGUGAUAUAGCAAAAUAGCAUUGUUAUCGGAAUUUGCAUCACAUACUCUUUCAGAAUUUACUGCCUUUCUCCCAUAUUCCUUUUUCAUUUGCUCUAGUGCGUAUGCAGUUCUGUGGACUAGCCCUGAGGGAACGUUAUGCCUUUGUUGCAAUAUGCUAUACUGAGAUAUUCCUCAGGUUUCAGUAAGAUAGGUGGCCAAAGCCUACAUUAAUUUGUAUUUGUGUAGGAGUGGGGGCUGCAAGAAUGUGGCACCGUUUCCAGUGUGUUAACUUCAGAGGAGGCAAGCGCUCUCCUUAAAGACAGUGUUUGUCCCUCAAAAUGA